GAAAAUAACAUCAAAAUGUCGAUGAACAGUAUUUUCCGACAGUGUUUUCUGAAUAUUGUAUGAUGGAAAUCGAUGUCCRCCGAGUGCAUCAUUUUGAAAAGUACAGUACUACUAGUACUGUUCGCAUGUCACUAUAUGUUGAUAUGUUGUCACGACUCCGUCAAAAAGUAAUCUGUUAAAUCGGUCAUUUGGUCAUUCAGUCUCGCGAAAGCUUAUCAUUAUAGAUAGAGGCAUUAAAGUUCAGUAAAAASUUCAUUAAAUUAGUUUAUCUUUGGUUAGGGUCGGUAUUAUAGCCAUAUCUUUUCGAUAUUUGCAAUUAUCUUAACCGAUUUACUGGCCCGCCAUCACGACGACAUGUGAUAUAUUAUAUGCCAAACACUGUUUUGCUCGAUUUAAAACUGUUUGCUUUACUGUUAUAUAAACAGCCAAAAUUACCUUGAAAUUAUGCUGGCAAAUGACCUAAGUAAGGCAUGGCAUGACUGAAUACCAUACAAACAUAGCSUUGAACAGCGUCAAGCUUUAAAAAUCGUGCGCUACACGGAUUAUAGAGAACUUCACGAAACACUUCUUCGACUUUGAAUCGGAUACAUUGACACGGAACAAGUGAAUCACGCAUCUUUAGCGGUCGUCAGGGAAUCGAUCGGAUUUAAGCUUAUGAGAACGGAAUCGUCACAAUUCGAAAUAUUAUGGUAUUAAUCAGACUUCUAACUGACUGUAAGUAUUUGGCAUUUCCGUGAACAUAUAGAGUCAUAUUUUGCAGGUAAUUAAAAAUACAAAUACUUCGUCUUGAGAGAAUGCAGCUUUCUCCAUCUAGCAACAUCUUUGUUCAUUGCUUGAUAUGGAAGGUUUUAUUCCAUACAUAUCUAUAUUCUAUCUGAAUAUAAGUCAUWAAAAGUUAAAAGUUAAUAAGUUAUAAAAACUACAGUUGAUUUGCUCUUCAUUUUUCCGCUUUUUUAAGAAAAAAAACCCAUUGCCAAUCCUUCUUUCAUCCUCAUUAUGAUAUUUCCAAGAGUUGUAAUAAAUGUUGGCGAAUUGAGGACGUCUAAACUAUAUAACAGAAUAUUCACUUUCUAAUCAAGUCCUCGCUUUACAAUCAACACUAAAAUAUAAUGGUUUGUCUCAAAAGCUUAACUAUUAAUAGGAGUUAACAAGAAAAAUCUACACUUUUCUUGGUAUGUUCCUUUGUAWGUUUUCGUGUCGACAACCACUUAUGGCGAUGAGUUAUGGAAAAACACGUUUUUCUAUGAGUACAGGUAAAAAUAUAUAUGAGAAAAAACCGAGUGUAAGCUCAUUUAUCAGAAUUUAUAAAUMAUAAUGAGAGAUAUUUUAGCAUGAAGAUAAUGCGACAACUUUACUUGCCUAAUCUGUCAGUUAUUUGAGCUGCCAAUUUAAAUGAUGUACUUGAGUAAACUCCUCCCCUUUUUGGACUUCAUGGGAAAGUUUGAAGGUUAUUUUCUAUAUCCAUUUAUUUCYGUAAAAUCCCUUUUAAUUUUCAUUGUGCAUUUGAYGUUGUUUUGUCAACAAGUUCAAGCAAUAACGUUGUUGGUGCUCCAGUCACACGAAGAGUCAUCGUUACUUCAACUAGAGUGCCAAACUAGAUUGACCUUUUUUGUCAUCAAUUUAUCUACUUCAUCUGUGACGUAAAGAGUAAAGAAAUCCAUACGAAUUCAACCAGUUGUCCAUGUUCUCGCGUGUUUGAUGUUUACAUACAAUUUUUUUUCGGACGCCCAUUUGCUUAGGGUGCWAAAAUAACAGUAAAUUCUGACGACCAAUCAGAUUACAAAGGGCAAGUUUGAUAGUUCUAGAAAUACCCUCACUGAUAGUGAAAAGAGAUCAUGUCGUACAGAAUCAACGAGACCCUGAUCCAUCAUGUUAAAAUACGCCAAGCGGAUCAUCAUAUUGUCAUCAAGCUCAAGAUACACUUUGAUCCGAUGGCCGAUCGUGGACGGAGACGGAACAACGCCGGUAUUGAUGUUGCUGAUAUCAAUGGCUUGCUCUCCAGACAAAACGACGAGGAUAAAGAAGAGAGCGAACCAUUGCCCAAAUAUGGUUCGGCUGACGAGUUCUAUGAGCUAGAAGAGGAGAUUGGAAAGGGUGCUUAUGGUGUUGUCAAAAAAUGCACAGAUAAGCGGUCCAAACAAGAAUGCGCGGCAAAGAUUGUUAAAACUUCCAACUCCAAACUGCGCAAAGAAACCAUGAAAGAAAUUGAAGUAAUGAAAGUACUGGGUGACCACAAGAAGCUGGUAGGCUUACUGGACGCRUACCACACUCCCUUUGAGAUCGUUAUGAUUUUAGAGCUUGUAUCUGGUGGCGAAUUGUUUGAACGAAUAGUGGAAGAAGAUUAUUUAAUGGAAGAAGAUGCUAUUGAUUAUGUGCGUCAAGUUCUCGAUGGRCURAAAUAUAUGCACUCUAAAAAUGUGGUGCACUURGACCUUAAGCCGGAGAAUAUUCUUUGUGUCAGUAAAGACUCUAUGAAUAUCAAACUGGUAGACUUUGGCUUAGCACAGCAACUGAAAGAUGGAGAAGAGGUCAAGUCAUCCUUUGGAACACCUGAUUUUGUUGCUCCUGAAGUAAUUCGUAUGAAGCCUAUAACAAAAGCUAGUGACAUGUGGAGUCUUGGAGUGGUCACUUAUGUAUUGUUAAGUGGGCUUAUGCCGUUCUCAGGAGACACAGACAAAGAUACCUUAAUAAAAGUUGCUAAAGCCGACUGGGACUUUGAUGAUGAGUGUUUUGAUGAUUUAUCAGAAGAAGCUAAGGAUUUUAUAGAGGAUUUGCUUCAAAAGGAWCCUAGUGAGCGACUUACCAUAGAAGAGUGUUUAGUCCACCCGUGGCUUACGAAUCAACAAAAGGUGAAUCACAAGAUCGAUACCGUAAAACACAAGUCUUUUYUAGCCAAGAGAAGAUGGAAAAAAUCGAUCAACGCCCUUGUUGCCGUCCGUCGAAUGUCAUCUUUGUUUCCCGCAUUAGCAAACAGAAGACCGUCUAUUGAUUCUGCUCUACUAGCCGAGAAGAAAGCGGAGAAAGCUGAAGAUGAGGAUCGAAAGAAUUCAGUGCCGACUUUAUCAUCAGAUAAAACAGACUGUCAAAGUGAGGAUUUGAAUACUGSCAGGAGACYGAGAAGUAACACUUUGAGCAGUCCAAACCAAUUGUCAGCAAAUAAGAUCUUGAUUGGAAAUUCAUUAGGAGUUUCUGGCAAGAGUAAACAAGCUAAUAAUCAUAAUGCAAACGAUUCAAAGGAAUGUCAUGAUGUAAACAGAGAACAGUCGCAUUUGCCUCGAUCUAAUGAGCCUAUAGUUCUUAAGAUCAAUACUAAUGAACAUCAAACAAACUUACCAGAUUUCCAUAAUGGUAAUCACAGGAAUGCAAACAGCCUGGAUCUUGCAGUUACACCGGCAAAUACAAAGACAGAGAACUUAGGAAUCACUCCUGGACAAAAACUUACUGUUCAUUUGAAUACUUCUACGACUGCGAACACCAGGGACAGCGGUGAUUCUAUUCCUUCAAUUGUAUUAAAUGAUGAAAACGAUCCGCUGACACCAGAAGUUUUUGUAACCCCCGGCUCACCUCGAAGAAUUUCUUCAGAUAAUUAUUUUUUUACGCAAGAAACUACUGUGGAUAGUUCAACGUAUGUUUUGGACUCGUGGACCGACUCCACAGGCAAAACGGAAAAAUUCAAUAAGCCUGAUUCUAAAGUGUGUAUCCGAACUGUCGACCAAAAGGGACAAACAAUUACUGUUAAACUGGAUGGCUUUAGCUCAGUUGAAUUACCUGUGAACAGCACAACUWGUACGCAUGUCAGACGAGCAUCAACAGGUUCAGAAGCUAUUGAAUUUUUUACUAACGUCGUUCAACAAAAAAUGGGCUAAAGUUUCAUACUWAAGCACAUGCAAACCAGGGAAUAAUUAAUCUGGAUCAAUUGAUUGCUAAAUUGGAAAUAAUUGCUUAAAGGCAAUAAAUAUUGAUAUUCGGAUAUUGAGUGAAGAAUACAAGCCGUCAAAUCGGUGUAAUAAUGUAAACAAGGAUCGUUGCCCUAUCAUUGGGUGAUUUCAAAGUGAGGCAGAGUAAGAAAUGAUAGACAUAUAGAUAAUUUAAAAUAUCCUAAAUGACAUUAUAUAUAUGCCAUAACGUCAUUGUGAAAGAGGGCUAUUCAUACCGAAGUAUGUAUGCAUCUGCCCCAAUGUAUUAUCWACAAAUGAAAUUAAAGCAAUGUAGAUAGCGAA